AUGGUUAUUGUAUGCUUAUAUGCAAGUUCAGCAAAGGAGUUUGAAACUGAAACAGUCCUGUCCAGUUUCACCUGCAAGGACCCCAUAACCAAGGAACGGGUCUAUGGUCCGCAUAAUCUAGGUAGUUGGGGCAGUGAAUUCAAGCCGGACCAAGAUCUGGAACAGGGGGUCAGAAAGGAGCUCCUCGCCAAGAUCCGGCGCUACUACGAUCGGGUGAACAUCGUCGACGAAGGCUUCUGCUUUGGCCUACUAGAUCCGGUCUCCAACAUCGUCGUUGCCGAAGCAAUCGCCCAAAGCAAGCUGCUGGUGGUGGACGAGGAAGACAAGGCCGAGCUGGCUGAGGACUCACAUGGUCGUCAACGGCCGAUACUACGGUGCAUUUUUGAGCGGUCGCUCGACGGUCUCAUCGCCUUUCUGGUGGCCCUCUUUCCCUACCUCACCUACUACAGGGCCGAGUGGUAUCUCAACAAGGCUAAUUUGGAUCCCCUCGUGGCCGCCGACCUCAUCAUCAAGCACCGAGGGAUGGAACAGACCUUCAGGUUUCUAUCUGACACCACCGUGGCAGCCGUUGGAAUGGCGCUAAGAUGUGUUGCAGCUGCCGCCCAGCACCCCAACCCGCGGAAGUUCGCUCUAGGGUGGAAGCUACUGUCCCCUUUUCUCUGCAAGAUCAACACCCUGCUUUCACCACCCUACGCAGCCCAAGACCCCGGUCUGCUCAUCGACAUCCAGGAACUACUUCAGCAACCUGAACCACCUGCUCUUUUCGUCCUGGAGGAAGCCUGGAGGCUUGCCUCUAAACGCACUGGCAGCAACCUGAACCAUCCGGAGAUGCAAGUGCCGCUGCUGCCGACUCUGAGGCAUUUGCUUCUCACCACCAUCCAUGGAUACUACCUGGAGGCUCUUGCCUGUCUGCCCAAGGACAAGCUGCGGGGCUCGCACCAGUACCACUACAGCUUGCUCCAUGCCGGCCACUGCUACGGACCGCUGGACCCUGUCUCCAACAUCAUCGUUAAUACCCUCUGGUAUGCCCAAGCCUACCCUCUAAAGCUGGAGAAAAAGAUCGACAUCGAGGUCAUCAGCACCAAAGCCCUGCUGCGAAUCGCACUCCGAUCCCUGUAUGGCCUCAUCUCCUUCCUUUGCACCCGCCACCCCACCCUCACGCUGGGUGAAGCCAUGCAAAAACUGCAGCUGGCUGGGGCCUAUCUCCAAAAGGCCGAUGAUCCAAGCCAUCACGAUGGUGGUGUCGAACAAGAAGCCUACAUGGCUGCUGCCAAAGCCGCACACCACCCCAAACCUCUUGAACAGGCCCACUUCCUCGGACCAUCUAAUUCCAUGCUCAAAGGCUGCUUGGAACUCCUCAACCAAAACGAAGAUGCCAAGGUCCGCACAUUAAUUCUGGGCCACUUCCAAACUGCGUUUUCAUUUUCGGCCGAAAAAAAUAAAUUUCGGCCGAAUUUCGGCCAUCUCGCUAGGGCCCGAUAUAUGGGCCUAUCGGCCGAAUAA